UGUGCACGUCGCGCGAGCAGUGUCUGUGAAAGCGCUCUCUGUAUUUGCGGUGCAUUCACCAUGCCACUCGAACUUUAUUUGGACCUUUUCUCACAGCCCUGUCGCUCAGUGUACAUCUUUGCGAAGAAAAACAACAUACCGUUUGAUUUCAAACAGAUUUCACUUUUGGAAGGGGAACAGUAUGGAGAGGACUUCGGGAAGAUUAACAUGAUGCGAAAAGCCCCCGCAAUCCGGGAUGGAGAUUUCACUUUAGCUGAAAGCAUUGCCAUCUUGAUUUACAUGGUGGAGAAGUUCCAUACCCCAGAUCAUUGGUACCCGUCCGACCUGCAAAAGCGGGCCCGCGUGAACGAGUACCUGUCCUGGCAGCACACAGGCGUCCGAAUCCACGGGUCCAAGAUCUUUUGGCUCAAGCUCUUAAUUCCUAAGGCCCUUGGAACUGAAGUUCCCAAAGAGAAGAUGGAUUCUGCUCUGGAGGACCUCGAUGGCUCUCUAAAGCUCAUCGAAGAGAAGUUUCUCCAAGACCGACCCUUCAUCGCUGGAGAACAGAUCUCGUUGGCUGAUUUGGUAGCCAUUGUGGAGAUAAUGCAGCCGGUGGGUGCCGGCGUGGAUGUGUUUGCAGGGCGCCCAAAGCUCUCUGCUUGGAGGGACAGGGUGAAGGCGGAGAUUGGGAAGGAGCUGUUCGAAGAGGCCCACGAGCGAAUCCUGGGUGCCCAGGAAAUGGUCAAGGCUCUGGAUGCCAGCAAGCUGCAGGUCUUCAAGCCACGAAUCCUUAAGCUGUUUCUCUGAGCAUCUCAGCCCACCAGAAGGAUGUUAGGUGCAGGUCUUUAAAUGAAUUGAGUCUGUGUCUUCAGUUAUGAUCCAUUUUUUAUAGUCAGUACUUGUAAGCUACCACAUGUGUUUCUGGUGGACCUACCAUAGCUGCAACAAUAUUACAUUGCAUCCAUAUUUUUACAACCACUUUAACAAUUAUUGAAACUUUUUUUACAAUGUGAACAGUCAUGAACAAUCUGUGAUUUAGUUUGUGCAAAAGAUGAUUUACUAGUUCAUUUAAUAGUGAAUAUUGCUGAGAAUAUCAUAAUAUCGUGCCAUACAUUCAUAAUAAACAUCAUACAAACAACACUUACUACCAUGCAUAA